AUGGAUGGUAAUACUGAUUUCCUACCGUUGUAUUUUUCAGAUGACCCAUACGGUGGUCCACCACAUCGGUGGCAACAAAAUCUUCCGCCUGCAGAGCAUGUAGUCACAAUGAUGCCAAAGCCAUCUCCUCCACCAGCUCCAGCAUCACGUCCGCCAUACUCACCACAGAGUGUUCCCCCACCACCACCACCACCUUUCACAAGCAGCAGUGGAGGUUCUGGUUCCAAUUAUUCAGGGGGUGAAACUCCAGUCCCACCACCUCCACCAGGCUAUACCUUGGGUUUCUCUAAAAGCACAUUUACAUAUGAGGAACUAGCAUUAGCAACAGAAGGCUUCUCAGAUUCCAAUCUCCUUGGACAAGGUGGAUUUGGAUAUGUACACAAAGGAGUCCUUCCGAAUGGGAAGGAAGUGGCAGUCAAGCAGCUAAAAGCUGGAAGUGGGCAAGGGGAACGUGAAUUCCAGGCAGAAGUUGAAAUUAUUAGCCGUGUACAUCACAGACAUCUUGUUUCACUGGUUGGGUAUUGCAUGACUGGAUCGGAGAGACUACUUGUUUAUGAAUUUGUUCCAAAUAAUACUAUGGAGUUCCACUUACAUGGAAAAGGACGACCUACCAUGGAUUGGCCCACCAGACUGAAAAUUGCUUUGGGAUCUGCAAAAGGACUAGCAUAUCUUCACGAGGAUUGUCAUCCUAAAAUCAUUCAUCGUGAUAUCAAAGCAGCUAAUAUACUUUUGGAUUUCAAGUUUGAGGCGAAGGUUGCGGAUUUUGGACUUGCCAAGCUGUCUUCUGAUGUUAAUACUCACGUUUCCACCCGAGUGAUGGGAACUUUUGGGUAUCUGGCUCCAGAAUAUGCUUCAAGUGGAAAACUCACAGACAAGUCAGAUGUUUUCUCCUUUGGGGUUAUGCUUUUGGAGUUGAUUACUGGACGCCGGCCUGUUGAUGCAUCUCAAACUUUCAUGGAGGAUAGUUUAGUAGACUGGGCAAGGCCUGUGUUAACUCGAGCACUGGAAGAAAGAAACUUUGAUGGACUGGUUGAUCCUAAGCUGCAGAAUGAUUAUGACCCCAAUGAGAUGGCUCGCAUGGUUGCUUGUGCUGCAGCUUGUGUACGUCAUUCUGCACGGCGUCGGCCUCGAAUGAGUCAGGUUGUCCGUGCUUUAGAGGGAGAUGUGUCUUUGUCUGAUCUCAAUGAAGGAAUCAGGCCCGGGCAGAGCAAUGUCUAUAGUUCAUAUGGGAGCUCAGACUAUGACACAAGCCAAUACAAAGAGGACAUGAAAAAAUUCAGGAAGAUGGCACUGGGAAGCCAGGAGUAUGGUGGUAGCAGCGAGUAUAGUGCACCCACCAGUGAGUAUGGCUUGUACCCGUCUGGCUCAAGCAGCGGUGAAGGCCAAAGCCGCCUAACCACCCGAGAAAUGGAGAUGGGAAGGAUUAAGAAGAACAGUAAAGGUUUUAGUGGAACCUCUUGA